AUGGACAAGAUGGUGAGCAAGAUCAAAAGUUUGGAGAAGAAGGUUUCUGGUUCUUCAAGCAAGAAGAAGUCCAAGGCCCCCACAUUCCCUAGGAGUAGUCACUCCUCACCACUCCAAGGAGGCUCCCUGCCCAAGAGCCUCACAGAGCCUCUUCUUUCGAGCCAAGGGAAGGAGAAGACAACACGCAGAGAAGGAGGAAGACUUCCAAGGCCAGACGCUCCAGCUCGACCACCGGACUCGAUCGAGUCCAAACAGAGGAAACUCAACUCGAUCGAGCUGACGGUCGAGUUGACCUGGAGGAGCCCCAGUUUGAGGAUCCGGGAUUUGAAUACGAUCCCAUGCCUUACCAGGAGCCUCCCCGGAGUAGAUGGAACCCCUAUGGACAGUACGAGCUAG